AUGAGGGGACAAAGGUUUGGGAAGUGCAUCACCCUUUGCCUGCUGCCUUGGUGCUGCCUGAGCUUUGCCUUGAGUGAUGCUGCUAGCCCUGGGACCGCCUCACCUGGGGUAGGACACGUCAGAAAGAGACUGCCCAGAGACAAUGACAACGGGACCUACAUGCACAGCAACACCUCAGCGUCGUGCAUGGCUCUGCCCCCGCCACGCUAUGGAUACUACUAUGUGGACAGAGGCUCGGGCAUCUCCUUGGGCUCAGUGCUCGUGUACUGGUGCCAGGAGGGAUAUCAGCUGGUGGGCAGCGAGAGGCUCUCCUGUCUCCGCCAUGACAGUGCAUCAUCCUGGAGCCACCCCCCACCCCAGUGCCAGGCCCCAUCGCAGCCUUCAGGCUCUGGCUCCCGAGCUGCGGUGGCUGCCUCUCUGCUGAGCGGAGCCGUUAUCCUGGUACUCUCCAUCUCCUUCGCCGUCUGCUGCUGGCGGGACAGGGCGAGGAGGAGUAGCGGGGGGCAGCAGCAUAGGAGGAAAGUCAGAGGAGGAUGGAAAUGUGACCCCUCCGCCCCUGAGAGGGGGAGGAACGCCUUUGGGAGGCUGAAACACUAUCACCGGCGGGAUUACCACCUCUCAGCCCUCUCCAGCUCUGUGUUCCCAGGGGCCUUUUCAGGCUGCAAUAACCUGUCUUUCCAAAGGAGUCCUGAGAACCUGCCCAAGCCACCCCUGCAGAGCUGGCACCCCGAGGCCCAGGCCCUGCCCCAGCUGGUGUUGCAGCCUGGCGUGCCACCAAGCAGGUCCCACCACAUCCCGCUGCCCACCAGGCCCGGCCGUGGCCACCGCCCCACAGACUGCCCUCCCCUCGCCUACACCAUCUACGAGGAACAGCAGCUCUUCAGCAAGUUCGGGAGGCCAGUUUGA